UGAGUAGUUCGGGGUCAUCUCACUGCGCAGUUGGAAGCUGUGCAUUUCUACCUACCCGCAAGAAGUUGCGAAACAAGUGGAAUCCUUCUUUACCCUAGUAUCACCCGAGUGCUCUGCCGUUCCGGCCCGUUCGUUCGCGGCAAUGGUGUCUGUCAGCUCCGCCGACACGCCCCAAGAUUCCAGCCAAAAUAACAAGAUGCCGCCCGUCCUGUCCACGGAGCUUCCAGUGCGAGCGGCAUCGGACCCCGCAUCAGACCCCGCGCCAAAAACGCAGGCGCUGACGGGAAAACAAGAGCAUUACCUGAAGCGCGAACUCAUAUCGGAACAAGUGAAAUGGGAGAUAUCGGAGCUCAAUUCGCCUACGGCUCUGCGGCGGUUCGGCGCACCGUUCAAGUCGGACUACGGCGAGGUAUCACCGCUCGAUUCGGAAUUGCCCAUCCUCCGAUACAUCUUUGUCCACCAUGUCCGCGAGUUUCCGUUCCUCGACAAGGCGAAGGAGAAGGAGUUUUGGCAGGAUAAACUGCAGGUGUUCCUCGAGUCGUUCGCGAGCAAACACAUUUCGUCUUCCGAAGACCGAUUGGAGGAGACCAAGAGGAGGAAGCUAGCCACCAAGGCUAGGAAGCUGGUGGAGCUGAUGAUGGUUUCGGGGAUACCAACGUCCUCAGGCUUUGAAGAAAGAAUCAGGUUUUCCGAGCUCGAGAUCGUCGAUGCCAACGCGAUAGACAGCGGUGUUCUCAAAACGCUGCCAGAGGGAAAUUAUCUGAACGGAUGGGACGUUAAUGUCGCUGGUGUUCGGAUGAUUACUGUUAAGCGGAAAUUGAGGAGCCACGAGCAUGCCGUAUUCCUCCUUCGGGUCAGGAGGAAAAAUGCGCCAGAGCACUACGUCGGGCGACGCUUCGGCGACUUCGCUCGUUUACAUAAGAGAUUACGGACCGAGUUACCGGGCAAGGUCCUCCCACCUCUGCCCCAGAAAAACAAGACACAUUCCACGGCGCCCGGUAUCAUCGGAAGCCAUAGCGGGAAUGAGUCUGAAACAUCUUCCAUCUCGUCGGCUUCCACGCAGAUCCCCAACAGCCCCCUGCCGAAUGGCUGUGGGCACCAGAGCGACACGCCCCAGAGGCUGUUGUCUGUAAGAGACCGUCGCUCGGCCGACCGGAUAUCUCCUCGAAACUCGGUUGACGAUAGGCCAGUGAGCCCGGGUCUCCCGAGUCCCAAGCCGCAAGAGACUGUGGUAAUAUAUAGAGAGAACCAGAGAAUCUCGUUGCGUGCGUUUUUACGAACGCUGCUGCAGAACCCCCAGAUUGCCGGCACAAAGGCUAUGGAGGAGUUCCUGCUCGCUAACCCGGUAAAACUGACUGACGAGGACUGGGACGAUAUUGCCCGCCGAAAGCAUGUGGAUAAGAAGCGGGUCGAGGAGCAGAAGCGGUUCUACGAAGUAGCAAGGAAGCGCGCGGCCGAGCUCGACGUCUACAUGGAGCAAUUCCGACAAGACAUUGUCGAGCGCAACGGCCUGACCAUGCUCUUCCAGGAAAUCCGCGAUAAGGAGACGAUUCAGGACCUGAGCCUGCAGUACCAAAAGUUCGCCGAGUGGCUGCGCAUCGAAGUUGCGGCCACCAUCUACCACCUCUUCCUUGCCGAGGACAAUUCGCCAGAGCUGUUCGCUCAAGCGAAACGGAUUCACUCGCUGAUUCCCUACACGCUCGUGAAAAACGCCAUCCGGAUAGCCAACCCGGCGGCUGUCAUGUCCAGCAUCCUCGACAUAUUCUUGGCACAACCCUUUGGCACCCGGUCUUUGAUGCAGCGCAUAUUCUCCAUGACGUUGCAUGACGGCAUCAGGGCUUUCCAGCGGUCGAUCGAUGCGCUCGGUGAUAAGAUCGGCGACCCCGUCUUCGUCGAGAAGCUCAAGACAUACACGAACGCCGACGAGCAGAUCAAGCAGGUGAUCAGGGAUGAGGCCGCGGACGAGAACAUCGACGUACUUGUUGCCAUCCUGCGGUCGGAACUCGUGGGUCCUGCGCUCGAGCCCGAGCAGAUCGAGCGGCUGUACAACGCAUACGCGGCGUUCAACAACGCGGUUGAGAACGUUGACGAGGAGCUCCGGCAGGGCGCGCAGCUCUUCUCGUACCUGAAACAGCUACAAAAGUUGUACCUUCGACAGAGGGAUAAGGCCAUGAUCGUGACCGACUUUGCCCAUUUCGUCGACGACUUGAUCACGGUCGUCGAGAAGUGCCGCGAGCAGGAUGCUUCCGCGGAUCCUAACCAGACAGUGCAAGCCUUCAUCGACCUCUGCCAGCGGCACGAGAACCACUUCUACAGCUUCGUGCACCAGGUGCACACGCACGACAACGGGCUCUUCACGCAGCUGAUGGGCUGGGUCGAGGGUAUCCUCGAGUUCCUCCGGCACGGGCCCAAGAACGGCAGCCUCGACAUCAACGCGCUGUUUGAGGGGGCCGUCAGUUCGGCCCUAAUUGACAGGGAGAAGGCCAUCGCCGAGAUCGACAAGCUCAUCGCGUGGCAGGAGGCGCGCAAGAAGUGGCACCACGACAAGACGAGACAGAAGAUGGCCGCCGAGGGCGGGCCGGGAGACGCGGACGCAGUGGCGCCGCCGGGGGCGCUGACGUUCCGGUCCAGCGACUUUGGGCUGGACCAGGAGGACGUGGCGGAGAUGGGGUACGACGACGACUCGGAAGAGGAGGCUGAGGCCGAGGAGGAGGAUGAGAUGGACCCGAUCGAUGCGGAGCGCAAGCGCCGGGCGCGGAGACAGGCCCGGCUACGGCGGAAUGCCGGUGAGCCAGAGAAGCCCGAGGUGUCUGAGGUACACAAGCUGAAGGACAACUUUUUGGCUAUGUUGCGGGUGGUGCUUGCCGAGUAGAGAGAAGAGAGGCUUGUUGCAGGUUCUUCGUUUUCCCCUUUCCUCGGUCCUCCUUAAUUUUUUUUUUUU